CGUGUGGGACCUACGAGAAUAUCAUAUAUCUUUAACUGGGCUGUAAUAAGCCCAAUUUAUAUGUUGGGCUUUUUAAUAGUAAUCAAUUCAAACGACGACGUUAUUCUUUAUUUCCUUAAACAGCCGGAGCCGCCGUGAGAGAGAGAGAGUCGGGGGAGAAGAAAUGAGCGGCGGAGGAAACAACGUCGUGAACAAAGUGUUCUACGCGACGUCGUAUCAUCCGAUUCAAGCCGGAAGUAUCGACGGAACUGAUGUUGCUCCACAUGAUAACGGCGUCCGUCGAGCUCUUCUCUGUUAUAACGCUGGCUUAUAUGAUCCUUCUGGUGAUUCGAAGGCUGUUGGAGAUCCUUACUGUACUCUCUUCGUGGGUCGUCUCUCUCAUCACACUACGGAGGAUACACUUCGAGAGGUGAUGAGUAAGUAUGGCAGGAUUAAGAACUUGCGCUUGGUAAGACACAUUGUGACGGGAGCUUCACGAGGAUAUGGUUUUGUGGAGUAUGAGACUGAAAAGGAGAUGCUUCGUGCUUAUGAGGAUGCUCAUCAUUCACUAAUAGAUGGGCGAGAGAUUAUUGUUGAUUAUAAUAGACAGCAAUUGAUGCCUGGAUGGAUACCAAGAAGACUAGGAGGUGGCCUUGGUGGUAGGAAAGAAUCCGGACAACUUCGCUUUGGAGGACGAGAUAGACCAUUCCGUGCUCCCUUACGACCAAUCCCUCAUGAAGAUUUGAAAAAGCUCGGUAUUCAGCUUCCGCCUGAGGGAAGAUAUAUGUCGCGCACACAGAUCCCAUCACCUCCAAGGAGAAAAGGAAGUGUGUCGGAUAGAGAGGAAGAAUAUUAUCGGGAAAAGAGUUCUGUAGAACGGGAAGAAGAGUUUAAAGAGCGAAGCAGCCUUAGGUCAUAUCACAGUCACAGGUCGAGCGCACACACACACAGUUCUCAUAGAAGACGCAGCAAAGACAGAGAGGAGUGUUCCAGGGAAGAGUCCCGUUCUGAUAGAAAAGAGAGAGCACGAGGUAUGGAAGAUCGAUAUGGUGACAACAAGGGUGAAGUUUCUGGCAGCAAAAGAUCAAAACGUUCUGAAGAAGACCGAUCUCGCAAACGUCAUAAACACUUGCCUUCCCAUCAUCAUAGGAGGUCCUAUAGUCAAGAUCAUCAUUCUUCCGACUAAGUAAUCAUAUUGUAAAAAAAAUAACAAUAAUAUUUGGUGUUACAGAUUUUUUUUUAAUAAUAUUUGGUGUUAGAGACUUUUAAGAGUGCCUUUUGAACCAAAGAAAAAAAAAGUGUAGUGUAUGUUAAUCAAAUAUAGCAAAACAGAAAUUGUC